AUGGCCACUCCCAGCGAUUCAACAGCGGUUGACACCAUCGACACGAUCAAUGACUUGCCCAAAGAUGUCCCCUGUCAUGCCCGUGAUGACCUUGAGAAGAGAUUACUGAGGAAGCUUGAUUUGCGUAUGUCCAUACUAUUGAUUUUAUUUGCCCUGAACCUGAUUGACAGAACCAAUAUUAGCAAUGCACGGUUACAAGGAUUUGAGAAAGACCUGCACCUGCAUGGGCAACAAUACGCUACGACUUUGUCCAUCCUAUUUGUUGGAUACAUCAUCAUGCAAUUGCCAGGGAACAUGUUCCUGCACUGGCUGGAGAGACCUUCCAUCAUCAUUCCGUGUUGUAUGUUAGUAUGGGGUGCAAUAUCAGUAUUAACAGGGACCGCAAAGAAUUACGAUGAGAUCGUCGUCGCCCGCUUCUUUCUUGGCUUUGCCGAAGCUCCCUUCUUCCCCGGUAUGAUAUUUCUUGUAUCUAAAUGGUACAAGCGGGACGAGGUCGCCUUGAGAAUAGCUCUCGUUACUUGUGGAAGCAGUCUCAGCUCUGCAUUUGGAUCCCUGUUGGCAUCUGCUAUACUUCACGGCGGCGUUACCAUCUUGGUCGCGAUUUGUGCCAUAUUCAUACUCCCUGAUUUCCCGCACAACACCAGGUGGAUGACCCCGGAGGAAAGAGCACUUGCUAUCUCUCGUCUUGUAGAAGAUGGCUACAGUGAGGUUGAUGAACUUGGGAAGCAGACGACCAUGCAAGGAGUGCGGGACGCUGUGUCUGACUGGAAGGUGUGGUGGUUUUCGGUUGCGGCCAUGUUCCAGUUAGUGGGGCAGUCUUUCUUCGGUUACUUCCCGACACUGUGCGCAACACUGGGAUAUGACACGACUGUAACACUGCUGCUUUGCGCUCCUCCGUGGGUGUUUGCGACUAUGGUCGGAUUUGCUUUUGCAUGGUACUCUGACAAGAAACAGAAGCGUUACAAAUUCUUUGUUAUCUCCAAUGCAUUUCGGCGUCCUUGCAUUCAUCGUGUCCGCUAUUACGAUGAACAAGGUUGCGCGCUAUAUUUCACUGUUCCUGAUGGCUCAAAUCCUCAUUGGAUACCUGAUGCUCUUAGUGUGGAUCAGCAACACUUUCGCCAGAGAACCCGCGAAGCGUGCCGUUGCUAUUGCUUUGAUGAACGCAGUGGCGCAGAUAGGCUCUAUUAG